AGCUGAAGGGCAGCUAAUAGAGGAACUCACACACAAACACACACAAACACACAAACACCAGUACACACUCCUGUUUGAAACACACAAGUUUAGUUAAAGGCUUUCUUACAGGAGUUGAUGGUGUGUUCAGCCACAAUGACAGAGUGUUGUCAAACAGAUUUUACUGUGGAGGAGCAGAUAGAGCUUGAACGACUGAAGAUGCACAAACAGAUCCUGCUGGAGGAAAUUGAGAAACUAAAGAAGCAGAUUGAAAACGUUAUGGCAGAUAUUCAGGACUUUAAAUCUGCAGAGGACAAUAAAACACUGGAGAGAGAAAAGCGCUUGUGUAGUGGAAAGAAGAAGUUUAACAUGGACCCCAAGAAGGGAAUGAAGUAUCUUGUUGAAAAUGAGCUUCUGAUUUGGAAGGCAGAACAAGUGGCAGAGUUUCUCUAUAAAGAGGAAGGACUGAAUAAGACGGCCAUCGGUGAUUUCCUGGGGGAGAGAGAGGACAUGAACCUGCAGACACUGAAAGCAUUUGUGGACCUUCAUGAGUUCUCACAUCUGAAUCUGGUUCAGGCAUUACGGCAGUUCUUAUGGAGUUUUCGUCUGCCAGGUGAAGCUCAGAAGAUCGACCGGAUGAUGGAGGCGUUUGCUUCACGUUACUGUAACUGUAACUCAGGUGUCUUUCAGUCAACAGACACCUGUUAUAUUCUGUCAUUUGCCAUCAUCAUGCUGAACACGAGUCUUCACAACCCCAACGUGAAGGACAAAACACCGUUGGAGCGAUUCAUCAGCAUGAACCGAGGAAUUAACAAUGGAGAAGAUCUGCCGAAUGACCUGCUGACGAAUCUGUACAACAGCAUUCGUAAUGAACCCUUCAAGAUCCCGGAGGAUGAUGGAAACGAUCUGACGCACACUUUCUUCAAUCCUGACCGAGAGGGUUGGUUACUGAAACUAGGCGGCCGAGUGAAGACGUGGAAGAGACGCUGGUUCAUCCUCACUGAUAACUGCCUUUAUUACUUUGAAUUUACCACAGAUAAAGAGCCGCGAGGGAUUAUUCCUCUGGAGAAUCUGUGUGUAAGAGAAGUCUCCUUCCCUCGGAAACCGUAUUGUUUAGAGUUGUAUAACCCCAACAGCAAGGGUCAGAAGAUCAAGGCAUGUAAGACAGAAACAGACGGUCGUGUUGUUGAAGGGAAACAUCAAUCAUAUAUGAUCUGUGCUGGAUCAGCUGAAGAGAGAGAUGAUUGGAUAGAAUCAAUCAGGGCGAGCAUCACCAAAGAUCCAUUUUAUGAUCUGGUGUCAGUCAGAAAGAAGAAGGUCAUCAAUAAAGUGCCUGAUAAUUGAGCCAGAUGAUGUGAAGUCACAACGACGUGUCCGAUGUAACGUACAUCAUCUGUGAUUUACUGACCAUCCAGCAGCACUGUGUUUCUCUCUCUCUCUCUCUCUCUCUCUGUCCGUGUGUAUUAUGAGAGGAGUGAUCAUCAGCACAGUCAUGUGAUCGUAUUCAAAGAGUUUUCUCUGGAAGAGUUUGUUGGCAUCUACCGAAGAAAUCAAUCACUUUCUCAUAGUUUUUUUUUAAGAGUUAUUCUGGUGAAGUGACACAAACCAGUACAAUGUGUCUCAGUGCUGUUGUGUUUAAACUGAGGAUUUCAUCUAAUGCUGCACAAUCACACAUAUAAACAAACUGCGGUGUAUUAAGUAUCAAAUGUUUUGAAUGUAAAAUAUUGUUGUACAUAUUAUGGAUCAUAUAAGAGUUGUUUUAUUUAAUUCAAAGUCUCAUAAUGGUUGUGUGUUGUUGUCAUUAAAAGUUAAGCGUGAGAAAUGAAGAGCGUCUUCAUACACAAAACAAACACAAACACACAAGUGAGCUGUGAGGUUUUGAGCUGUGGUUUUGUAGGAGCUUCAUGGUCUUAAACAUCAAAGUCUGUCUAUCUGCUAAAGGUCACGGCUUGAUGAUGAUUUGACAGAUCUGAUCGGUCUGAUAUCAUUUGAACUUUAUUUUUAUAGCACCACUAACAACAACUGAUGUUCACCGAUGUGCUGUGCAAGUCAAUUCAGUCACAGUAAAUAACAUCAAAUAAAAUAAAGUUGAUUUAUAAAAUAAAUCCAUCAUAAAUAAGUUCUCAAUCUGAUCUUCAGAAAUGUGAUGUCGUUGAGUUUUAGAGGAAGUUGAUGUUGAAGUGUUUGAAUCAGAAGGGAAGCGGCGCUGUGGAUGAAGGUGAAGUCUUUCAUCUGAGCUUUAUUCACGCAACAGCAGAAUUUAAAGAGGAAACGUGAAAAUGACCUCAUACCUCUCACUUCCUCUCCAUCCAAACACACAUCUACUGAUCAUCAUCGUAUCAUUUUACUUUACAAACCAGCCCGUCCAAUACAUGUGUGCUCUAAAAAGGGAAAGUUCACCCAAAAAGUAAAAUUUGGUCAUCAUUUUCUCACCCUCA